AUGCAUCCAGAUAAGUACUUACCUGAACUGGCGGCAGAGAAAAGCAGCCUGGACCCCUCCUUUGUGCACGCGGUGCGCCUCCUCGCAGAAGAGAUUGAAAAGAAUGAACGGGAUGAAUUGAGAAAAGAUGAUGACACGAAGAAAUACCUAGAUAUCAUCAGCAACAAAAAUAUCAAGCUGUCUGAAAGAGUUCUCAUUCCAAUCCAACAGUAUCCAAAGUUUAAUUUUGUCGGGAAGCUGCUGGGACCACGGGGAAAUUCCAUGAAACGAUUACAAGAGGAGACUGGAGUGAAGAUGUCCAUCCUCGGCAAAGGGUCCAUGAGGGAUAAAGGCAAGGAAGAAGAAUUAAGGAAAAGCGGGGAGGCCAAACACGACCAUCUGAGGAAUGAUCUUCAUGUUUUGAUUGAAGUCUUCGCUCCACCCGGAGAGGCCUAUUCACGCAUGAGUCACGCUUUGGAGGAGAUAAAAAAAUUCCUCGUUCCAGACUACAAUGACGAGAUCAGACAGGAGCAACUAAGAGAGCUCUCACUGCUCAAUGGCUCCGACGAGUCGGGCAGAGGGAGGAGUGCACAGGGGAGGAGCGUACGACCAGCAACCACAUCGUCCACGGGGGGCCACAGAGGCACAGGAAGGAGUGCAGCCGCCCCUCGGGGGACAGCGCCGGCGACGCACAGCAAACUUCCCACGGCUGUUUUGACGAGGGAGGGGAAAGCCCCGAGGGCCAGGGGGGCAGCGGGGGGUGCCGGAUACAGGCCCCCGCUGUUAGCCGUGACACAUGAACCAUACGACGACUACGGCUUCGAUGAUGGGUAUGGUGGGGAAUAUGAUGAUGAGAGUUAUGAAGCCUAUGAGGAUAACUACAGCAAUCAGUCAAAGAGCAUUUCAGAAUAUUAUGAAUAUGGACAUGGAACCAGUGAUGAAUCCUAUAACAACUAUGAGGAGGAGUGGGUGACUCCCCGUCCCGGCCUCAAAGCCCCAGUUUUACGGCUGACAAGAGGGGGCUACAGAAAACAGCCCUAUGGUAGAUACUGA